CUUCCCUCCCUCCUCAGCAUCAAGUGCAGCCUGAGCGGAGAGUCCCGGCUGCGACUUUCCCCUCAGACUCCUUUGCAGAAGCAAUGAGGAGGACCUGCUGAUACCAAGACGGCUGGGAUGCACUAAACCCGUCUGUUUUCUGGAGGAUCAUAUUUGUGUCCAUCCGAGGGCAGCAAACAAUACGCUGCGGAUUUUGGGAUAAUCCAUCAAUCGGAUGCGAGCAGAGCCAGGCCCAACCUAAAGAUGGGCCCCAUACCGCUGUGCGUCCUGCUGGCUGUGGCGGCGGCCGUGGCCGCGCAGGAGAGCGCGCUGGACGACCAGUACACGUGGCCCCAGUGGAAGGUUCCUCUGGUGAGGAAGCGCCGCACCGUGGCCCUCAGCAGCCCCAACUUCACGGCCCAGGCUCAGCCCGUGCUGCGCGGCACCUGCGGCAUCGAGUGCCAGCGCCGCUUCCCGACGCCGUCCCUGGACGACCUGGAGCAGUUCCUCUCCUACGAGACCGUGUACGAGAACGGCACGCGCACCUACACCUCCGUGUCCGUGCAGGGCCUCAACGAGGCCGCGGCCUGGCCCGCCAACGCCUCCGCCACUUCCCGCCGCAAGCGGGAGGUGUACGGCACCGACACGCGCUUCACCAUCGCCGAUAAGCAGUUCUCCACCAAGUACCCGUUCUCCACCUCGGUGAAGAUCUCCACGGGCUGCUCGGGGGUGCUGGUGUCGCCCAGACACGUGCUGACGGCCGCGCACUGCAUCCACGACGGGAAGGAUUACCUGGACGGGGUCAAGAAGCUGCGCGUCGGAAUCCUCAAGGAGAAGUCCCGGCGAGGGAAGGGAGGGAAAGGAAGAGGAGGGAGAGGAAAGGGCCGGCGAAGGAAGGGCGACAAAGACGCGGAGGAAGCAGAGGAAGGAGAGGAAGGAGAGGACAAGGAGGAGAAUGGCAGGAAAGGCGGCCGAAAAGGGAAAGGCAGGGGUAAGAAGAGCCGGCGCCGCCGAAGCGUGGACUCGGGGAAGCCUUCGUUCAGGUGGACGCGGGUCAAGCAGACGCAGGUUCCCAAGGGCUGGUUCAAGGGCGUGUCCGACGGCCUGAGGGCCGACUACGACUACGCCAUCCUGGAGCUGAAGAAGGCCCCGAAGGUGAAGCACAUGGAGCUGGGCGUCAUCCCCUCCGUCAAGAAGCUCCCCGCCGGGAGGAUCCACUUCUCCGGCUUCGACGACGACCGACCCGGGAACCUGGUGUACCGGUUCUGCUCCGUGUCCGACGAAUCCAAUGACUUGUUGUACCAGCACUGCGACGCCAAGCCGGGCUCCAGCGGCUCCGGGAUCUACAUCCGCCUGAAGGAGCCCGGCAAGAAGAAGUGGAAGAGGAAGAUCAUCGGGGUGUUCUCCGGGCACCAGUGGGUGGAUGUGAACGGGGACGGGGUGCAGCAGGAUUACAACGUGGCGGUGAGAAUCACGCCCCUCAAGUACGCCCAGAUCUGCUACUGGGUCCACGGGAACUCCAGCGAGUGUCAGAUCGCCUGAGACCACACACGGCCUCCUCCUGUCCAACGUUUCUGCUCCCCAUGACUCUUUUCUCAAACAACAGACUCCCUCCGUCCCUCCUCAACCCCCGUUCUUCACCUUUCCGUCACCGAGCAGGGGCCUGACGUUUUCCUCUCUUUUCCAAGUCUUUCCCAUUUCGUGCCUUUUAAUAAACGGACCUGGCUACACUGAUCAACACAAACACACUCUCACAGCCGAGCAGACUCGGUGUUGGCAACAGCAGGAACUCGUCAAUGCACCAAGAGAACUGUGGCUCAUCAGCUUUUCUAAUUUAUUUGCUUAUA